AUGAGCAUCGUCAGACACCGAGAUGCCCCCAAGCUCGGCCUGGAGUUUGAGCUUGAGGGUCACCAAGGUGCCGUUCUUACGGCUCAGUUCGACCCCAGCGGCACCAGGAUCGCCAGUGGUGGCGUGGACCGUAGCAUACUUCUAUGGCAUCUCCCCACCACCAAUAUCGAGGCGAACUACGGGGUGAUCAAAGGCCACAAAGGCGCCGUCACUUGCGUCCAGUGGAACGAUGACCGUCUUUUGUCAGCUAGCUCCGACGCUACCGUGGGCUACUGGGACGCGGAGACGGGGUCUCGUCUCCGCAAUUGGAAGCACAAGGACACCGUCAAUCAGGUGGUGGCCUUAGGGGUGGGCGCAGCCUCGGUGAGUGAUGACGGGCUGCUAUUGGUUUGGGACUCCAGAGAAAAGAAUGCUGUUGCUAGCGUUACCAGUGAGUUCCCCUUGUUGACGGUGGCCACAAACUCCGCUCAAACGACACUAUGGACAGCGGGUGUAGAUGGCACCGUGAGAGCAUACGAUACCCGCAAAUUCGACCAAGAGCUAUGGACGUGUGCCGAUCUAGGAGAUACGAUCACGUCGUUGAGUGCCAAUUAUGAUAGCCUGAUGUUACUGGUCCGCCUUGCUAAUGGGACGUUACGAGUACUCAACCCUCGAGAUACACUUCCUGCUAGCAUGUCUCGUUUAACCAGCAGCAUAUUUAGCGGCAAGGCCCCGAAGAGUCUAUGGGGGUGUCGUGCUUGUUUUACCCCUUCAGGUCUUGAGAUCAUCAGUGGCGGCAAUGGAGGAGUGAUCUUUGACGUGACUCUGGCUCGCUUGAUGAGACAAUUCCAUGAUGAAGAUAUCGUUAUAGACGUAGCGGUGACCGCGACCAACAUAGUUACUGCUACAAAUAAGGGUUUAUUCAUUAUGCCCGUUUAA